AUGCGCAAAGCUCGCUAUUUACUUGAUCGAGAUCUUAAAGACAAAUUUACAGCUCAAUCAAUUGAUGAACAUGCCAUUGAUUUAAGUUUAACAAGUCCAUCACUUUAUCUUAAAGAAGGUGUUACACAUGUUAAUCCUCGUUCGGUAUCGGAACCGUUUUGGGAAGAAUAUUCUGAUGAAAAUAUUAAAAAUGCUGAAGCACAACGACUUAAUGCUGUACAAUUACGUAAUGUAAUUGAUGGUAUAUUGAAAAAACUUGUUGCUGAUAUAAAACAAGCUGUUGAAAAAACACGACGAUCAUUUGAUCGACGUAUUUAUGAAUCAAAACAAGCAAAACAGACAUUAGAAAAUCAAUUACGUGAUGUUCAUUUACUUAUUGAUCAACUUGAAGAAAGUAUAAAAAAUACUGAAAAAGCUAUACGUGAUAAAGAACAAUACUUAAAAUUGGCUCAUACACGUCUUGAUAUACGUCAUAAACGACCUAAUGUUGAACUUGUUUAUGAUGCACCACAAAAACGUCUUAUUGAAGAAAUACGAGAAAUUGAAUGUGAAAUACAACGACUUCAAGAACGUUUGGAUGAAUCACAUGUUCGUCUUCGUAAUUUGGAUCGUGAUAAAUUAAUAUUAGAAAAAGAUAUUGAAACAAAAACAAAUACAAUAUUUGUUGAUGAAGUUGAAUGUCAUGAAGGUUUAAGAAAAUCAAUUUCAAUUGAAGAUUGGUAA